AUCAGUGGGCGACACGCGGUGGGCGGGGCGCCGCGCUAGGGUGCUUCGGCCCUGGCUGGAACUGAGUGGACCCGGCUGGGAGGAGACGCGGAGUUGAGUAUAGCUGGCAGGGCUGGCCGGAGCAUGGCGGACCAGAUCCCUCUGUACCCGGUGCGCAGCGCGGCGGCUGCCGCAGCCAGCCAGAGACGCGCGGCCUACUACAGCGCCGCUGGGCCCGGGCCGGGUGCCGACCGGCGCGGCAGGUACCAGCUGGAGGAUGAGUCUGCCCAUUUAGAUGAAAUGCCACUGAUGAUGUCUGAAGAAGGCUUUGAGAAUGAUGAAAGUGAUUACCACACAUUACCUCGAGCUAGGCUCACACGAAGAAAAAGAGGACUAGAGUGGUUUGUCUGUGGUGGAUGGAAGUUCCUCUGUACCAGUUGCUGUGAUUGGCUGAUAAAUGUUUGUCAAAGAAAGAAAGAACUGAAAGCUCGAACAGUAUGGCUUGGAUGUCCAGAGAAGUGUGAAGAAAAACAUCCUAGGAAUUCUAUAAAAAAUCAGAAAUACAAUGUAUUUACCUUUAUACCUGGGGUUUUGUAUGAACAGUUCAAGUUUUUCUUGAAUCUCUAUUUUCUGGUAGUGUCCUGCUCACAGUUUGUACCAGCAUUGAAAAUUGGCUACCUCUACACCUACUGGGCUCCUCUGGGAUUUGUCUUGGCUGUUACUAUUGCACGUGAAGCGAUUGAUGAAUUUCGACGUUUUCAGCGAGACAAGGAAAUGAAUUCACAAUUAUAUAGCAAGCUUACAGUAAGAGGUAAAGUGCAAGUGAAGAGUUCAGACAUACAAGUUGGAGACCUCAUCAUAGUGGAAAAGAACCAAAGAAUUCCAUCAGAUAUGGUCUUUCUUAGAACUUCAGAGAAAGCAGGUUCAUGUUUUAUCCGCACGGACCAGCUAGAUGGUGAGACCGACUGGAAGCUGAAGGUGGCGGUGAGCUGCACACAGAGGCUGCCAGCCCUAGGGGACCUUUUUUCUAUCAGUGCCUAUGUUUAUGCUCAGAAGCCACAACUGGAUAUUCAUAGUUUUGAAGGAACAUUUACCAGGGAAGACAGUGAUCCUCCCAUUCAUGAAAGUCUCAGUAUAGAAAACACAUUGUGGGCAAGCACCAUUGUUGCAUCAGGUACUGUAAUAGGUGUUGUCAUUUAUACUGGAAAAGAGACUCGAAGUGUAAUGAACACAUCCAAUCCAAAAAAUAAGGUUGGUUUGCUGGACCUUGAACUCAAUCAGCUGACAAAGGCGCUAUUUCUGGCUUUAGUUGUUCUUUCUGUUGUUAUGGUAACCUUACAGGGAUUUGCAGGUCCAUGGUACCGUAAUCUUUUUCGGUUCCUCCUUCUCUUUUCCUACAUCAUUCCCAUAAGUCUGCGGGUAAACUUGGACAUGGGCAAAGCAGCAUAUGGAUGGAUGAUUAUGAAAGAUGAGAAUAUUCCUGGGACAGUUGUUCGGACCAGCACAAUACCAGAGGAACUUGGACGCUUGGUGUACUUACUGACAGACAAAACAGGGACUCUCACUCAGAAUGAGAUGGUAUUCAAGCGGCUCCAUCUGGGCACUGUCUCCUACGGAACAGACACUAUGGAUGAAAUCCAAAGCCACGUCUUCAAUUCCUACUUGCAGGUACACUCCCAAGCAAGUGGGCACAACCCAAGCUCUGCUCCACUGAGAAGAAGCCAGUCUUCAACCCCUAAAGUUAAAAAAAGCGUCAGCAGCAGAAUCCACGAAGCAGUGAAAGCCAUCGCCCUUUGUCACAACGUCACUCCUGUGUACGAAGCUCGCACUGGAGUCACUGGGGAGACGGAGUUUGCUGAAGCAGACCAAGACUUCAGUGAUGAGAACCGCACCUACCAGGCAUCCAGCCCUGAUGAGGUGGCACUGGUGCGAUGGACAGAGAGUGUCGGGCUCACUCUGGUCAGCAGGGACCUUGCUUCCAUGCAGCUGAAGACCCCCAGUGGCCAGGUCUUGACUUACUGCAUCCUGCAGAUGUUUCCCUUCACCUCUGAGAGCAAGCGGAUGGGCAUCAUUGUCAGAGACGAAUCCACAGCAGAAAUCACAUUCUACAUGAAAGGUGCUGACGUCGCAAUGUCCACCAUUGUCCAGUACAAUGACUGGCUGGAAGAGGAGUGUGGAAACAUGGCACGUGAGGGACUUCGGACCCUUGUGGUGGCCAAGAGGACUCUGACAGAGGAGCAGUACCAGGACUUUGAAAGCCGAUACAGUCAAGCCAAAUUGAGCAUCCAUGACCGGACCCUGAAAGUAGCUGCAGUUGUGGAAAGCCUAGAGAGGGAGAUGGAGCUAUUGUGCCUCACUGGGGUGGAGGACCAACUGCAAGCUGAUGUGAGGCCCACACUUGAGAUGCUGCGGAAUGCAGGAAUCAAGAUUUGGAUGCUAACAGGCGAUAAACUGGAGACAGCUACCUGCAUUGCCAAAAGCUCACACUUGGUGUCCAGAACUCAAGACAUUCAUAUUUUCAGGCCAGUAACCAGUCGGGGAGAGGCCCAUUUGGAGCUGAAUGCAUUUAGAAGGAAGCACGAUUGUGCUCUAGUCAUAUCUGGGGACUCUCUGGAGGUCUGCCUGAGGUACUACGAGCAUGAACUUGUGGAGCUGGCCUGCCAAUGCCCUGCUGUGGUCUGCUGCCGCUGCUCGCCCACCCAGAAGGCCCACAUCGUGACCCUGUUGCGCCAGCAUACCAGAAAGCGCACCUGUGCCAUUGGUGAUGGAGGAAAUGAUGUGAGCAUGAUCCAGGCAGCGGACUGUGGGAUCGGGAUUGAAGGGAAGGAGGGGAAGCAGGCUUCACUGGCAGCGGACUUCUCCAUCACACAGUUCAGACACAUCGGCAGGCUCCUCAUGGUGCAUGGGCGGAACAGCUACAAGCGGUCUGCAGCACUCGGCCAGUUUGUCAUGCACAGGGGCCUCAUCAUCUCCACUAUGCAGGCUGUGUUUUCUUCAGUCUUCUACUUCGCAUCUGUCCCGCUCUACCAGGGAUUCCUUAUGGUUGGGUAUGCCACUAUCUACACCAUGUUCCCAGUCUUCUCCUUAGUGUUGGACCAAGAUGUGAAGCCGGAAAUGGCAAUUCUCUACCCAGAGUUGUACAAGGACCUCACCAAGGGGAGAUCCCUUUCCUUCAAGACCUUCCUCAUUUGGGUUUUGAUCAGUAUCUACCAAGGUGGCAUCCUCAUGUACGGGGCUCUGGUGCUCUUCGAGGCGGAGUUCGUCCAUGUCGUGGCCAUCUCCUUCACAGCACUCAUCCUGACUGAGCUGCUCAUGGUAGCUCUGACUAUCAGGACAUGGCACUGGCUGAUGGUUGUGGCAGAGUUCCUCAGUCUGGGCUGCUAUGUUGCCUCACUUGCUUUUCUAAAUGAGUAUUUUGGUAUAGGCAGAGUAUCUUUUGGCGCUUUCUUAGAUGUUGCCUUCAUCACAACCGUGACCUUCUUGUGGAAAGUGUCAGCCAUCACUGUGGUCAGCUGCCUUCCACUCUACGUGCUCAAGUACUUGAAGCGAAAGCUGUCCCCUCCCAGCUACUCCAAGCUGUCCUCCUGAGUAUGACAAGAGGCCAGGUAGAGACACUCCUGCGCUGGGCAGCAUGAGGGACUGGCACUGCUGGUGGGCUGAGGGCUGAGCUCCCCCGGCCUUCCUCCCAGUGUCUGUACUGAAGCAGCAUGAACAGCUACUGAAAGGAAGUGAUUGCUUCAGCACGGCUGGGCAGGCUUUAGUUCCUGAGCAUCCGAAGCCUGAUUUCUGCAGUGUCCCAGUACUUGGCUCCUUUCUUUGAUGGUGUACUGUAGAAAGCCAUUCCUGCUCAGACUGGAGAUGCCAUGCCUGCACAUGCCACUGUGCCUCAGCAGACAGUGGGCCUGCUCGUCCACCCUCUGCCACGGGCACACUCCUCUUCAGAUGCAGUUUCGCUUCUCAGUGGACAGUACACACAUAACAAGCCCAAUGGCCAAGCGGUAACACUUCUGAUAUCCUAAUUCCGUUGCAGCUAUGAAUGUAAACCAUUCCUCAAGGCACUGCUGUUAGAUGAUACAUUUUUAUAUCUGUGAAACCAUAUCCAAACUGUUUACGUAGAACUCAGCUGUCCUGUGCCACUCACAGCACCACAGUGCUUUGCUUCCUGAGGAGGUGUCCCUAGUCCACCUGGUCAUCAUACUCUCAGCACUCGUCUGAGCCCGUGAUGGCAGGUCCUCUGUCGAAGGCUGCACUGAGGGCUGAUGGGAGUUCCUUGGAAGGAUGCUGGGUUAGAGUUCGCCCCAUGCAUUGUGUGUGUGCAGCUCUGCACUGGGCAGUAUGUGCCCACCACACAGUGGGUCUCGUGACCUCAGCUCUUCACACUGUAAAGCAGGCUGUGGGAGUCUCCUUUGCACUAGUUUUUUGUAUAUGUCUAUGCUCUUCAGCUUGACUUCCCCUCAAAUGUGGGCCCCUAAGAUCCCACAAUCUUUGGGGAAGGACAAGCUGUGUGAGUGGAGUACUGAGGAUGUUGCCCAGCAGGCCACGGUCUGGGCAGGACCCUCCACCUAGGCUCCUGUGAGCACUGCUUUUCAGAGGAGAAACUCUUGGGCUGCAAAUAAAGCUUCAUCUGUCCCUACA